AUGGUGUUUACCACGCUGGAUCUUAGGCAAGGCUUCAAUCAGAUCCAGAUUAGGGAGGAGGACCGCGCCAAGACCGCAUUCCACGGCGUCGAUGGGCUCUGGGAGUGGAAUGGAAUGCCGUUCGGAAUGUGCAACUCCUCGGCCUUCUUUCAGCAAGUGAUGGACAUCGUGCUAGGGGACAUCGACUGCGCUGCCUACUACAUCGAUGAUGUAGUUAUCUUCAGCAGAGACAGCACGUCACACGUGGCAGAUGUGGAGCGGGUCCUGGGGACAAUCAUAAACGCGGGUCUGACGUGCCACCCAGGCAAGUGCAAGUUCGGAGAAUGCACGGUGAAGUAUCUGGGGUUCGAAGUGUCGGACGAAACACUCUCAGUCCAAGAGGCGAAGGUGGCGGUUCUGGAUAAGGUAGCGGUGCCAACAGAUGCUACGCGCGAUCCUGGGAUUCCCGAACUAUUGCACAAAAUUCGUGCCCAACUUCAACAAGCGAGCAAGCGCGCUGAACCAGCUCCUGAAGGAGACCAUAACGUGGAAAUGGGGCGAGCAAGAAGACGCUGCGCUGAAAGACCUGCUGGGGGCAGUGAAGACGGGGCUGGUGCUCAUCUUGCUAGAGAGAGACAAGCCAUUCGUACUAUACUUGGAUUGGAGCAGCUUAGGCAUGGGAGCAGUGCUGUGCCAAGAGACGGAGCGGGGAGAGAGGGUCGUGGCAUUCGCCAGCAGGAGUUGCAGCCCAAUCGAAGCCAACUGCAGCUCAUACGAAGGCGAAGGAAUGGCGGCGGUAUGGGCAAUAGAACACUUUCGUAUGAGUACGAGUUUAAGAUACGACAUCGCCCGGGGAAAACUCUCCAGCACGUGGAUGGGCUGUCGAGGAACCCACCCCCACUAGAAAGAGGCUCUCAAGCAGCGUGCCUAGUGGCGCUGGCCAGCGGAAUACAAACAACGGAGGAAGCAGAGGGCCGAGGGAAGGGACCCGAGGAUGUCUGGGAGGACGCGGCAGUGCUGCGAUGGGUGAAAGGGGAGACCGAGGCAGAGGAGGACGUGGGAGAGGGGGUAAGGGCGCGGGGUCGGCACUAUCGGUGCGCAACUGCUGACCACAGGAUGGUGGUGGGCGGGGUUACAGAGGGAUGUGAAGGAGGUCGUGGCAGACUGCGAACUGUGCAGCGGAAACAAGGCAACUCUGGAAAGGGAGCAGCAGGGUUACAGUCGCUUCCCAUCCGCGGGCUGGGGUAUCGAUGGUCACUCAACCUGGCAGAGGAGCUGCCGCUGAGUCGCAAGAAUAAACGAUACGUGCUGGUAAUGAUAGAGCACGUCUCCAAGUGGGUGGAACUGAGGACGCUCAGCAGCAUGAGCGCUGAGCUGAUCGCCGAGGCAUUUACCGAUCAGGUGCUUACACGCUUCGGAGCAUGCGGAGAAGUACUGACGGACCAGGGAACCGAGUUCAGGGGAGCGUUCGAUCAGUUGCUGAAGAAGGUGGGGAUCACGCACCGACGGACGUCGAGGUACCACCCGCAAGCGAACGGGCUGACCGAGCGGAUGGUGCAGACGAUUAAGAAGGGGCUGCGUGCCUACGGAGAGGAGCAUAAGAGGGAUUGGGAUCAGGAGCUGAAUUGGGUUGCUGCAGGGUACCGAUUCUGCAAGCAAGCGGCACUCAGAGACUCCUCACCGUACUACUUGUUGUAUGGGAAGGAGCCCAUGCUGCCUGUGAAUGCCCCAAAGGUGCUGAGCGGAAUCGUGAGGGCGGGAACCCAUGAGAAGUGGGCAGCGCUGGCAGAUUGCCGAGCCAGGUACCUAAAGAAGAUUAUGCUAGCAGCACUCGAGAAUUUGCAUACAGCGCAGCUACGGGAUGGAAAGCGGUAUCAGCAGAGGCUGCUACAGAACGGAAAGGGGACCGGCAAGCCCGUGGAGAAUGGCACGGAAGUGUACAUCCGGAAAGCUAAGAAGGACACCUUGGACAUGGGGGUGCUCGUACUCGAGUCAGAGGAGGGCAAGCAAUGUGAGGAUCACGUGACCAAUGUGGCGCGGGUGACAGGGAGUAAGAUGAAGGGGAUUCCUAAGGACCAGCAGCAGGAGCAAAGCAGGUCCCGGAAGGGGGCAAGUGGGUAG